ACCUUAAAAUUUCGCAGUUUGACAGAUGGUGUUUAGUGCUUGUGUUUUUUAUUUAAUUAGGAAAAAUAUUAAAUAAAAACCAUUUACUUUGUAAUAAAACUUAUCAUUGGUUUGUUGUCCCUGUCCCAGGCGAGAAAUUCGUUACAAUGGCAAAAAGAGAAAAACGGGCAAAUGCCGGUAACCGUAUGGCAAAAUUGUUAGAUGAAGAAGAAGAAUGUCAAGACGAAUUCUACAAAACCAAUUAUGGUGGUUUUGAAGAAACCGAAUCCGAUAGGGAAUACGAGGAGGAGGAAGAAGGCGAAGAUGUGGUAGAUUCCGACUUUAGUAUUGACGAAAAUGACGAACCUAUUUCAGACAAUGAGGAGGAGGGUCAGAAGAAGAAACGAAGAUUAGUUACAAAGGCUUACAAGGAACCAGUGCCUGCACCCAGUAAACAAAAAGCAAAACCAAAACCCACAAAACCUGUCCCUAAAGUCAGAACAACCCAACAUGAAUCCACAGAAUACGAAAGAAAGUCAAUCAGGAAGUCCACAGCUGCAAAAUCAGCCGCAACAGCACAACGCAUCAAAGUACGAAAUCUCGAACAAAAGAAAAAAAUCAAGAAACCGAAAGAAGAAGAAUGGGUGCCAACACAGGAAGAGUUACUCGAAGAAGCAAAAACGACCGAAUUGGAGAACUUGAAGUCACUUGAAAAGUACCAAAAGAUGGAAAGUGAGAAGAAAACGAAACGAACUGUGAAAAAAGUCAUCAAUGGCCCUGUUAUCCAAUACAGAUCAACACGAAUGCCAAUCAUUGAGGAAAUCAAUCAAGAUAAAGACAUCAAGAACGAAUCAGAAAACGUGUGCGAACGCACGUUUAUCUCAGUGCUUAAUGACCCUAACGAUGCCACAUUUAACAGCAUUUUUGAAAAAAAGACAGCGCGUCCGCUUCCACGACGUCUCAGAUGCAUUGUCACAGGUCACCUUGCAAAGUACGUUGACCCUAAAACGUGUCUGCCUUACCACAGCAGCAUGUGUUUGAAGAUAAUUCGUUCUGCUUAUUACCAACAACUGGAAGCUCAUGGAGAUAAGAGUAAUCCAGUAGUUGCAAACUGGCUUAAGUGGUACGUUAAGAAUAAGGAUAAGUUAAGGAGGGAGUUGGCGUUGAAAGUAAAAACACAUCAGGUGGAUCACAGUUGAUUUAUUUUGCUCUAUUUAAUAAAUUUUUAUAAUACA